UGGGGACCUCAUACACACACGACACUCGUUGCCCAUAUGGUAGAGCCCGAGAUCAUUCUUCAAUGGUAAUUACGUCUUAUAGGAUCAGUAAACAUGUGUCAAAUUCUCCAUUUUAAAGUUCUAGGAUUCUGGUUCUUCCACCCAGGUGUUUCUUAAUUCUUCAUCAACCACACCAUGCAGAGAAUUCAAUCAGUUUCUCGUCCAACUCUAAGUGCAAUUCGUCGACAAGCCAUACCUACAACAGGACGAAGGACAGAUCGGACAUAUACGACUGGAAUCUUCAACGAUACCCGCAGGUGCCUCCAUCAACAGAAUCGAAAGGAACAAUACACACCACUGGGGAAUCCUAAGCAGAACCAACGAACCCAACUCCACAUAUCAAGGUCUAUGUCGUCAAGCCCAUCAAAAAUGAUCAAACCAACCACUCCGGAGCCCACAAUCCACAGCCUAUUCGAGCCCCAAACCGGAACCUGGCAAUACGUCGUCGCAGACCCAUCCACCCACGACGCCGUCAUAAUCGACUCCGUCCUCGACUACGACCCCUCAACCCAGAAGAUCACCACCAGCACCGCAGACUCCAUCCUCCGCCUCAUCACCAGCCACUCCUACAACGUGACCCACAUCCUCGAGACCCACGCCCACGCCGACCACCUAACCGCAGCAUCGUACCUCGCGGCCCGUCUCGCGCAGACCACGCAGGGCGGAACCAGGCCGCCGAUCGGGAUCGGGAGGCGCAUCACGCAGGUGCAGAGCGCGUUCGGGCGCAAGUACGAAGUCCCAGAGGACGAACGCGCCGCCACGGUCUUCGACACGCUGUUCGACGACGACGAGACGUUCGCGAUCGGCGGGUUGACGGCGCGCGUGGUCCAUCUCCCCGGCCACACGCCCGACCACAUCGGCUACGUCAUCGGCGACAACGUGUUCUGCGGCGACUCCAUCUUCCCGCCGGACAUCGGGACCGCGCGCUGCGACUUCCCCGGCGGCGACGCAGCGUCGCUGUACGCGUCGGCGCAGAAGCUGCUCGCGAUGCCGGGACACGUGAGGAUCUUCACGGGGCAUGACUACCCGCCUGCGAGUCGGGGUGCGCCCGUGCCGUGGACGAGCGUCAGUGAGCAUAGGGAGCGGAAUGUGCAUCUCGCGGGGGAGGUGGGCGUGCGGGAGUUCGUGGAGAGGAGGACGGAGAGGGAUAGCGGGUUGGCGGCGCCGAGGCUGCUGCAUCAGAGUUUGCAGGUUAAUGUGCGGGCGGGGAGGUUGCCGGGACGGUCGGCGGAUGGAGUGAGGUUGUUGAGGCUGCCGGUGAGGGUUGAGGGGGCCGAGUGGUGAGUGAUGAAUAAUGGCGUUUAUGGGAUGGAGUUGUGAAUGGAGUUUUAUGUGUGAAGUACUUUUGGUGGUGGUGCGGUAUGUUCGAAUUCAUAUCUGUAUAAAUUGCAUUUCGCAUAGCUGUCGGAACAUGAGUAGGGUAUUUAUAUACAACCAGCAAUUCUCCACUAGCCAGUCACUACGGACUUAU